GUCUCUUGCUCUGCAAAAUUCUGUUCUUCUUUAUUUCAUAUUUUUUGCCCUGUGGAAUUUGCCAUUUACUUUCUAAGGACUGACUGUCUGUAAUUUUGCGAGCAUUCUGUAUUCACCUCACUUUUUUAAUUAUAGACUAUUCAGAACGCGCACCGAGUCGAGCAAAAAAGUUACACCCACCCAAAACCUCAUCAGUAAAUAAAAAUAAUGCCUGGCAGCGCGUACAUUGAGAACCCGGAGGAGCUGGCAAAGUUCACUGCCACUACGACCACCUCGCAGUUCCCAGCAGCAGUGGCCCCGAUCAACUCACUAUAUCACCUUUCUGCCGAUGCAUCGGCAACCACCCCCAGCAAUCAGGUUCUGGUAACCGUGCAGGGCGAGGGCAUUCAGAUCUACUCGACCACUGACAGCAAGUGUCUGAGAUCAUGGACGUUCCCGCCAAGCGUACGCUUUACGUGCCCAGCAAAGUACUUUGUAAAAUACGACAGCGAAGGCAGCACCGCCAGCUCGUAUGUCUAUGCAGUACUAGACUCUGGCGAGGGGAUCAGCAGCGCCGAUCAGGGCACCAUCAUGUGGCGGUGGACUGACCGGGGCAUGGAGAGCGUUGGUCUGGAGGACAAGAUCGAUGCCAAGUUCACAUCCCCGAUAUUUGCGCUGGAGGCCGCCGUCACCUCCGCCGGCCACUUGCUUGCCCUGCACAGGGAUGGAUCCAUGACGCUCACGACCCAGGAUCUGGACAAGGUCUAUGGCUUUAGCUCGCCCGUAUCAGGCGAGUCUCAGAUCAUCUGGUACCAGCCGAUGGAGGUGUCACAGAGCAUGAAAUCGUACCUGGACUCGCGGCAGGUUGCUGACUGGCUGGCCGGCGACUUCCGCCUUGUUCUCACGCUGACUCGCGUGGCAGAUGACGAUGAGAGCGGCGCCUUUGCCUACUACGUGUCGCUGCUGGCGAUCGACGGCACUGAGGCGACUGUCAUCGACUGCGGCACGACGCGGAUCAACCCAGCCUACCUGGCCACUCAGCCGCUCACGUGCGCCUUUGACGCCGACACGGGCGCGCUGGUGAUCCUCACAGAGGCCGGCGUGUACCAGCAGCUUAGCCUGACAACAGGCAGCUCGGCACUAGACGACGCCAUUAUGCUCGAGCGCACCAAGGAGGUUGUGCUGCGCGGCUUUGUUACCUGCGUCAACGAUGCCGGGCAGGGCAGCGUCGCGGCGCCCAACUUGCUCAACCAGUCGCAGCUGUCGCUGGCUGCGCUGUCCGAGCGGUAUGUGGCUAUUGCGGGCACACACAGUGUUGUGUCGCACGCGCGGACCGGCCCGUACGAGAGCGUUUUGACACUCUGGGAUCUGCAAUACGGCUGCAUGCAUGCUGAGAAGAAGCUCGCCGUGGAAACUGAGUAUCUGCACGUCAGUGGCUCCAAGGGCGCGCAGCUCCCGCGCCUCACGUACCAGGUGCAGUCACUGAGCCCGCGUCUGAACGAGGGCGGCACGCCCAGCGACCAGGUCUCUCUGGCUGUCACAGUGGCGCACACGUCAAAGCCCCACGUAUCUUUUGACAGCCAGAACGAGCUGGCCAAGGCGCGGCCAUCAAAGAAGGGAAGAAGGGUCUGCCGCUGCUUCGGCUUUGGCUGUUCACAACGUGCCAUGGAGCGUCGAGACGUUUGUCGUAUCUGCGUACCUCCCUCCGGUCACCCUCUUGGCCUCGCUGCGCCGGCAGAACAACGCAAAGUAUUUUGUCGACCCCGCUGAGCAGGCGGCACGCACCAACGUCGUUCACUCAUCGAACAUCCUGAUGCACGAGGAGCUCGAGCAGGGCCUCAAUGUUCUGCGCAGCGGCUGGGAGGCGAUUGUCGACGGCACCGCUCCCAGCAAAAAGUCCAAGCUUG